UAUCACAAUUUGUAUUAAACUGGUGUUUGCUAACGCUCGGUGCUCUGUUCAGAGUUGAAAAACUAUUCUUUCGUCUCAGUCAAAUAAAAUAACGAGUAAGAACGUUCCUUUAAUCGUAAAAUAAUGCCACAAGUGUGAAAUUGUUCGUUAAAACUCUUUAUAUCUCGUAAUUAAUCAUGGAGGAGCCGGAAUCUGACCACACCUCUCCAAUAAUGGAAGAAAUCGAAUAUGGUCCAGCUUUGGUAGAUAAAACGAAAAUGUCAUUUCGACAGAAGCUCGAGGUGCAAUACGAACGAUUGGGUUGUUGGGUCAUUACAACAAUGAUCAUCUCGAGUCCAUUCGUAUUCAUCUACCUAUUUUUCAAACCGCCAAUGUGGAUAUUUAACGUUGCCUAUAUUUCAUGGAUGAUUUAUGAUCGUGAAACUCCACACCAGGGUGGCAGAAGAAUCAAAUGGUUGAGAAAAAUACGCUUCUGGCGCUGCCGAAGAGAUUACUUUCCAUGUAAAUUAGUCAAAACGGCCGAAAUACCACCAACCACUACGUAUUUGUUCGCUUCGUUUCCACAUGCUUUUUUGGUUUUUGGCCAUUCCACUAAUAUCAUGAGCGACGUGAAUCAAUUCGAUGAAGCGUUCCCUGAACUGAAUCUAUACCAGACAAGUUUGAAUGGCAAUUUUUAUGUGCCAUUUAUGAGAGAGUUCUUCCUAAUUUUGGGUGGUUGUGCUGUUUCUCCAAAAUGUAUAUUGCACAUCUUGAAUGGACCUGCUGGAAACGUUUGCGGUAUCAUCGUAGGAGGUAGAGCAGAACAAAAAAUUAAUACCCCAUGCACGAAUCGAGUUUUUUUGAAAAACCGCAAAGGAUUUGUAAAAUUGGCAUUGAAAACUGGCUCUUCCCUGGUACCAAUUUACUCUUUCGGCGAAACAUUCGCUUACCAGGAGCCCACAUCUAACCUGUACAGACGUUUACGAGAAAAACUUCGAGCCAGUUUCGAUCCAGAGUUUUUUCUAUUCAGAGGUCCUUGCACACUGGGCUAUUUAUUUGGCAUUUUACCCUACCAACAACAAAUCACUACUGUCGUUGGAAAGCCAAUUCCAGUACCGAAGGUGGAAGAACCCACGAAAGAGUUGAUCGACAAAUAUCACGAAAUAUUUGUGCAAGAUUUUGUGCAAUUAUUCGAAAAAUAUAGAGGAAAAUAUGAUCCCGAAGGAGAAAAGGCUACCUUGAGUAUCGAAUAGUAGGUAGAAGAAGAUAUUCGUGCAUUCAAUUCAUUUCAGUAAAGGCUAUGCCUAUUUUUAAAGUAAGUUGUAGGUACUGUGUACCGAUUUAUACGGGUAGUGGGGAGCUAAAAAGCUACAAGUGACUUCAACAGGUCUCUUCAUAUUCCCAAGUACUUUUAUUUUCAUACUUUUAUAGGUACUGUAAAACUUAUCUCUCCAAUUGAAAAAUAUGAACCCUACUCAUUAAAAUCUACAAAAUA